GAGUUCAAUACAAGCAGGAAAUUAAAGCAAUGGUGACCAAGGGACGGAUAAGAUUCCCAAGUAUCCUUGACGUUAGUAGAAAACACUCGGCUUCCCAAUAUAUUUGACAUGGGGCCUCAAAUAUAUUUUGAAUAUUAUUUGAAUAUUAAAGAGAAGGCUAACUGGAGCCGCCCAGGCGUAGAUAUCUAAAUAGAGUGUUCAAGUAAACAAAUGCGGCUGAAGUAAGGGGUGAGCUAUUUCCGGUUCGUGGCCUCCUUGUCUCAAUGACAAUGAGGUAAUCUCCUGAGGAUGCUGAGAAAAUCUAAUGGAGCGUGAGGAAACUUUGUUAUAGCAGCUUGGGAAUCCCCUGUAACAAUCUGUUUCCUCGUGUGAACUGCUUGAGAGCAGGCACCGUCUUAAACCUUUUUUGUAUCCUCAGUGCAUUUGUAGGAGCUCAAUAAAAGAUAGAAUAAAUGAAUAAAUAGAGGAGGACGAGGCAGCGAGCCUGAGGAGGCUAAGGAGGCGGUGCAAUUCCAGAGCCCAGCUCGGAGGCAGUGACCCCCAACCCGCACCUAAAAUGAUCACGCCGCGCGGCCAAGAAAAAGAACGGCGCCCAUAUUUAGCCUCGUCCAAAGUCCUGCGCCUUUAGGGGGCGAGGCUAGAGGGCAUAUUCCGCCUCUGCCCGCCAACUGACCAAUCACGCCUUCAAAGGGGCGGGGAUUUCAGUCUGUCUCCGCCCCUCCCUCUGGAAAGUAAAUAUGUUUGGGCGCCGUUCAAACAGACCAAUGAGUGCUCGACGUCCCUGCGGUUGGCCCUCACCGAUUGGCCGGAGUUCUUCGUCACUCCCUCCCUGUCACGGUUCUUGCCCCACCCCUUCGCACACAAGAUGGCGGCGCCCAGCGGAGUAGAGGCUGCGCCUGGGGUUUGCUGAGGCUGACUCCCUUUCCCAGUCCCCCUUUGGGCGCAAAGCGCCGCGAGCCCGGGGGACGGGGGCCGGGCGGGGACAGGGGCACCUGCGUAGCUGGACUGCGAGCCCGCGCCCAGCCUGCGCCGCCCCCACCCGGCCCCGGCCCGGCCUGAUCCCAUCCGUUCCCGGUCUCCGCUCGGUCUGAGCCAUUGCCCGACCGUGGUACGCCACCCCCGGGCCUCCAAAGCUGAAGUCUCUCCUCCAUCCCGGGCUCACCUCCACUCUAGAGAUGUUUGGCCUCUUCCCUUCCAAACAGCCCGCCUUCAAAACCGGGACUUCUGGAUCGGCAUCUGGCCCCCUGUCCCUCCACUGAGACUCCACUUCCCUCUGACCCACUUCUUCCUUAGAUUCUUGAUUCUCUCCCUGGGUUGGAGACUGCUCACUUCUCGUCCAAAUUAAUCACUGACCCCCCAAAUAUUGACAGCCUUGACAGCCCCCUCAACCAGGAGCGAGACUUCCUUUUGGACUAACCUCCGUAGCCCUAUCAUGGAGGCUGUGUACCUUGUAGUGAAUGGGGUGGGCCUGGUGCUGGACGUGCUGACCUUGGUGUUGGACCUCAACUUCCUGCUGGUGUCCUCCCUCCUGGCUUCCCUGGCCUGGCUCCUGGCCUUCAUCUACAACCUGCCACACACGGUACUGACUAGUCUUCUGCACUUGGGCCGCGGAGUCGUGCUUUCACUGCUGGCCUUGAUUGAAGCCUUGGUACGGUUCACCUUUGGGGGCUUGCAGGCCUUGUGUACCCUGCUAUACAGCUGUUGCUCUGGCCUGGAGAGCCUAAAGCUCCUGGGGCACCUGGCCUCUCACGGGGCACUGAGGAGCCGGGAGAUACUGCACCGGGGUGUCCUCAAUGUGGUCUCCAAUGGCCAUGCUUUGCUGCGCCAGGCCUGUGACAUCUGUACCAUCGCUAUGAGCUUGGUGGCCUACGUGAUCAACAGCUUGGUCAACAUCUGUCUCAUUGGCACUCAGAACCUCUUCUCCCUGGUGCUGGCCCUGUGGGAUGCGGUGAUGGGGCCGCUGUGGAGGAUGACAGACGUUAUGGCUGCCUUCCUAGCCCACAUUUCCAGCAGUGCUGUGGCCAUGGCCAUCCUCCUCUGGACCCCCUGCCAACUAGCACUGGAGCUCCUGGCCUCAGCUGCCCGCCUCUUGGCCAGCUUUGUGCUUGUCAAUCUCACUGGCCUGGUGCUGUUGGCUUGCGUGCUGGCAGUGACAGUGACUGUGUUGCACCCGGACCUCACCCUGAGGCUCGCCACCCAGGCACUCAGUCAGCUCCAUGCCCGGCCAUCCUACCACCGGCUCCGAGAGGAUGUUGUGCGAUUGUCUCGCCUAGCACUGGGCUCAGAGGCCUGGCGCCGAGUCUGGAGCCGCAGCCUGCAGCUGGCGAGCUGGCCAAAUCGGGGAGGGGCACCUGGGGCUCCUCACAGUGGCCCUAGGAGGGUACCCUCAGCUACGACCUGGCGACAGGACAUUCUUCCUGAAGCAGGGCCCAGAUCAGUGGCAGAAGAGGAGGAAGUCAGGAUGGCCAGAGCAGCAGCUGCCCGGGGCCGGGAGAGGCUCAAUGAGGAGAUGCCCAUAGCUGGGCAAGACCCAUGGAAAUUGCUGAAGGAGCAAGAGGAGCGGAAGAAGUGCGUCAUCUGCCAGGACCAGAGCAAGACGGUGCUGCUUCUGCCCUGUCGGCACCUGUGCCUGUGCCAGGCCUGCACUGAAAUCCUGAUGCGCCACCCUGUCUAUCACCGCAACUGCCCACUGUGCCGCCGGGGCAUUCUGCAGACCCUCAAUGUCUACCUCUGAAGACUCCGUCUCUGCCUGCUCAGCCCUCUACGCUCUACGCAGCCGCCUGCGCUAGGACAGCAUCAGCACCUGAUCUCCGAUUCCUGGCCUGAAUCCCCACCUGCCCCCAUGGCUGUCAUGCCAAGCCUCUAAGCCAUACAUCCAGGACAUUGAGAUGGGAUACUCUAGGAGACUAUGACCUGGGUGGGGGCAGGGUAAUAGCUUUUCCUUACCCAGUGGGUCCCUGUGAUGCUGAGGGUGGUGAGUGUGUCACUAUGCAAGGCCCUGAGACUGUUUUCUGUGGACUCCCCUCCAGCUUUCCAGGGCCCACCCAGAUGCCAGCCUCUGGAGCCCCUGUUCUUUGCUUCUGUUUUUUUUUUGUUGUUGUUGGAGAUUUGCAGUUUCUCUCCCUGCCCCCUCCUCACUUCUUCCCCAGCUUCUGCAGCCACAACACAUUAGUGUCAUUUGGGUGUUUUGGCAACUCAAGGGCCUUGGAAUGCUCUUGAACCUUUGCUUUCAGCUAGAGCCCCUGUGCCCUGGGAGGCUUUGGGGUAGGAUCUCUUAGGUGCCCUUAGAGCUACCACUACUGCCUGUCAUGAUCUUAUGAGGCUCCCUCCAACCUGACUCAACUGCUGGGAUCAGUUUACCCCUGGGUGGGAGGGAGGGACGGUCUGCACCUGCCUUUGGGACCAUGUACCCUCUGGCACCCCAGCUCCACUGGGACCCUCAGGAGGGAUAACCAGGUUUCUGCUUGUACCCCCUUCACUCCUCACAUCACAGAGGAAAAUGGCAUUCCCUUUCCACUUGUCUCUCCCUGGCAUGGGGAGGGCAGACUGUGCACAUUUCACUAGGGUCCAAAUACAGAAGGGGCCAGGACCUUGGGGCAUGCAGCUUGCCGAGGGGUCUGUCUGUCCCAGCUUCCAGUGAAUAAAGUCCUGUUGCCAGCUCU